CUGUGGGAAUAAACGGAUGAAUAUGAGUGACUCUCAUGCUUGAGUAUUAACCAUGCAAACGCAAACCAGUCUGUAACCAUGCGGUGGGCUAUCCAUAUCCUGGUCCUUGCCACAAUCCCGUGGCUGACAUUAUGCCAACAAGAACAGGAGGAAGAUGAUGUGUGCACAAUGGGAAUGAUGCUCUUGCAAGGAAUAAGCAGAAAAUUGAGAGGUUCAAAUUUAGUUCCCACAGAACAUACAAAAGAGGAAAUCAUCAAUGAUGUUGACAGCAUAAAAAGUUCAUUGAGAACCGUAAAUGACCAAUUAUCAAAGAUGAACAGAAAUUUAGAGUGUUUAAAAGGUAACACUCUAAAAUGGAUUAGAUUAGAGUCAGGAAAAAAAUAUUACUACAGCGACUUUUAUAAAUAUACUUGGUAUGACGCCAAAGAAUUCUGCGAAAACAGCGGAGGCGUUUUGGCGUCGACCCACAAUGAGGAUGAACUGAAGACAAUAUACAAGGCAAAUCCGAUAGCUUCUUCAAAGCCCUGGGUGUUUGUUUCUGCAACAGACAUUGGACAAAAUCCAGGCAACUUUUACUGGGCUGACGGAAGUAUACUGGACAGGAACAGCUCAAUGUGGCUCGAGGACAAUGACCCUGACGCAUAUGGGGUAGGAAAAGAGACAUGUGUCUACAUGACCGAUGGAAAAUUAGCCGAUGCAACAUGCAUCAACUACGCUUAUUUUGUGUGCGAAGCACGGCUCGAUUGCUUGUGAACGAAAUUUCAGCAGAGGUUUUCUAAUAAACGAGAUCAGAAAUGUGAAAUGUAA